AUGAAGAGCUUCUAUUCAAAUUCAAAAAUCUACAUUGCGACUGCCGGUUUGGUCAGCACGCCCGGCCUGUGGUGGUUGACCGCUACAAAGGAUGAUGUGCCCCGCCUCGAGAGUCCACCGGCGGAGCACAUGGCCCCUGAGCCGGGCCCCUCCAAAGAGGAUGUGACACAUAUACUAUCGAAAGAAGCAUACUCCUUCCAAGUCAGAGAUAUUUCGGGCGUCAAAAGAUACGAUGGUGUUCAAUUGGCGUCCAAUAGCCCGUGCGAGGACCGGUUUAUCCAUGGCAAACUUUCCUCACCGUGGAAUGAGAAUGAUCAAUGGAUGUCCUGGGCUGUCUUUGAUGGACAUUCAGGCUGGCAGACAGCGGAACUAUUGACGAAGCAACUUCUGCCUUUCGUGCGACGCAGAUUGUCCGAAACUCAACCACCUUCAAACGAACCGGUGCCAAAUGAGUCGGUCCAGCGCGCUAUCAUGAAAGGAUUCGUGGACCUUGAUGACUCCAUCAUCAAGACUGCAGAGGACACAUCUAACAGCAAAGAAUCCUUUCAAGACAAGGUUAAGAAACUGACUCCUGCUUAUGCUGGUUCAUGUGCUUUGUUAUCGCUGUACGAUCCUAUCACAAGCACGCUGCACGUUGCGUGUACUGGUGACUCAAGAGCGGUCCUGGGACAAAAAGGGUCAGACGGAAAGUGGGAAGCAAUUCCCUUGUCAGUAGACCAAACUGGCAGCAACGAAGAAGAGACAACCCGCAUUUCUAAGGAGCACCCUGGCGAGGAAAAUAUAGCCAAAAAUGGACGGGUGCUUGGACUCAUGGUUUCACGAGCGUUUGGUGACAGUCUGUGGAAGUGGCCUCUGGAUUUCCAGAAGGAAAUGAAGCGGAAAUUCAAUGGCCCAGCUCCCCUAACGCCACGGUACGAUGUUCGCACGCCCCCAUAUUUGACUGCCGAGCCGGUCGUGACAAGCACUAAGAUUGAUCCUACUAAACCAUCGUUCUUGAUUCUCGCAACGGACGGGCUAUGGGAUUAUCUGUCCAAUAAACAGGGUGUCGACUUGGUAGGGAACUGGGACCGGGGAGAGAAAAAGAGCGAACCAGAGCCAACAGAUCGACAAUUUGACUAUGGCAGAUUCUGGGACGAUGUGGACUGGAAGUUUGUGGAGGAGAGAACAACAACCCAAGAUGAUAAUGCUGCAGUUCAUCUGACGCGCAACUCCCUUGGUGGAAACCACCAUGAGUUGAUAGCAGGCCGGCUUGCCUUUGACCCUCCUUUCUCUCGACGGGUACGGGAUGAUAUCACCGUGCAAGUUGUUUUCUUUAAUGCCGAGAAGUAA